AUGCUGUUCUGCCACUCGCAGCCCGAGUCCUACCACCACCAGCACUCUGCUGGUUACAUUAGAGACGCCCUGGCUCCCUUCCUGAAGAGCGAGGAAUCCCGGCUGCUGGCCCGGAGCGACGCCCGGGGGGCGCCGUUCCACUACGUGCUGUGCGCCGCCACGUCCCCGGCCGUCAAGCUGCAGGAGGAGACGCUCACCUACCUCAACCAAGGUCAGUCCUACGAAAUCCGUAUGCUUAACAGAAAACUAGUGGAGUAUACAGAUAUAAGCAGCAAAUAUGUAAAGAGCAUCGUGCGCGUGGUGUUUCACGACCGCCGGCUGCAGUACAUGGAGCACCAGCAGCUGGAGGGCUGGAGGUGGAACCGGCCCGGUGACCGAAUCCUGGACGUCGAUGUCCCGCUGUCAGUGGGAAUAGUGGAGCCUCGAUCACACCCUCUGCACCUCAACACCAUCGAGUUCCUCUGGGAUCCUGUGAAGAACGCCUCGGUGUUCAUCCAGGUGAACUGCAUCAGCACCGAGUUCACCCCCAGGAAGCAUGGCGGGGAGAAGGGGGUGCCGUUUCGGAUCCAGGUGGACACCUUCACCACCAAUGAACACGGCGAAUACAUGGAGCAUGUCCACUCGUCCAGCUGCCAGGUCAAAGUCUUCAAGCCUAAAGGAGCUGAUCGAAAACUGAAGACGGACAGAGAGAAGAUGGAUAAAAAGGCCCCUCAGGACAGGGAGAAGUAUCAACCAUCUCAUGACACCACCCUGCUGAAAGAGUGUUCUCCGUGGCCCCAUGCGCUGAACCUUACCGGCCACAGCAGCGCCCCGUCUCCAGUCUACCACAGCUCAUCGACACCCUGCGGUUUCCCUGAGGGAAACUGCUCCCCAAACAAGCAGGAGGAUCUGUUCAUGACCAGCUGCUCUGAUCACCUCCUGCCGUCGUGCUCGCCGCAGGACACUCAGCAGUGGCUGCACCGUCACAGGUUCUCGCCGUACUCCAGGCUCUUCUGCAGCUUCUCAGGAGCGGAUCUCUUGAGGAUGAGCAGGGAGGACCUGAUCCAGAUCUGCGGUCCGGCUGAUGGCAUUCGCCUCUUCAACACGAUGAAGGGAAGGUACAUUCAGCCUCGUCUCACCAUCUAUGUGUGUCAGCAGCAGACCAGAGAUCAGCUUCCCCUCAAAGCUGGAGCUGGAGACAUCUACCAGGCCGUGUACCUGGAGGAGCUGACGCUGCUGGACCUGUCGGAAAAGAUCGCCAAGAUGUACAGCAUCACUCCGCAGCAGAUCAUACACAUCUACAGACAGAAACCCUCCGGGAUCCACGUCUUGGUGUGUGAUGAGAUGGUGCAGAACUUCAGAGAAGAGGCGAGCUUCGUCAUCAGCACCGUGAGAGAUGAAAACACAGACGGCUUCCACAUCGUGUUGAAAUGACCGGCAGGAACUGGACACCAGUCACAUUGUACAUAUUGUAAAUGAACCUAAUCUGAUGCAUUCUUUCUGCUUC